AUGGAAAAAGAUAAUAUUGCAACAACAACUACUACAAUGACUACCACAACAUCUGCAAGUGGUAGUGUUAAUGAUGAUAAUACAGAAAAGAAAAUAACACCUAGCAAGAAAAGAAAAUCCGAUCUAUUAGCUUCGGUCAAUUAUCAAACAUCGAGUGCAGAUGAAUUAUCACAGCUGAAGAAAGAGCAACUCUAUCAGAUGUGUUUAGACAAUAGAAUCAAAGUGAACAAGUCUGCAAAGAAACAAGAUUUUAUUGAUAAGAUCUUAAGUAGUAGAGUAGAACAGAGGAAACUUCAAAAGGUAUUAGUCGAUGACAAUCCUGCUUUACAAUUUCACAGAGGUUACGUCGAGUAUCGACUACCGGUCACUGUUAUCACAAGGAUAUUUGAGCAUUGCUGGAAGCUAACUUCUUCGCCAACCAGUCCUUACUACUCGUACCGUGAUGCACUGAAACUAAUCGGAAUAAACAAACAGUUCUUUGGUUUAAUAUCAUUCUCACAAAACUCACAUAUAACAUCGGUAUUCAAGUAUUUCAAAGAAGAAACCUUCAAUAUCACUCAUUUAACUGUAUAUUUGCUGGCGAAUCUUAAAGAAUGGUUUGAAGUCAUUGAGAAAAUGAGAUGUUUAGUCACUGUCGAAGAUCUGACCAUCUACAAAAAGACGACUGCCGGCAAACUCUGUAAACAAUUCAAAAACAGUGUUUCACCGACAUUGUCUCGUUUCAUCCUUUACACUAAUAUUGCAGCUCAUGAAUUCGACAUAACCAACUAUCUAAAACCGAUCGGCUAUCAAUUCAGUUAUGAAACGUCAAACCGACAAUUACAUUCUAAUUCACUUGGUCUAAAGGAAUCACCAAAACUAAUCAUUUCACCACAUAGAUUAGAAAAUAGAUUAAUACCACCAUUUAUUGGUCUUUCGAAUAGAAAUAGACAGGAUGAUCAUUGUUUUAAAAUCAAUGAUUUCAAAGUGAAUGUAGAGAUCACCGACUUUGUCGUGAAAACAAUUUUCACACAGGUCUAUUGUAAUAGUCAAGUGUCACCGGUGGAAGCUCACUAUAAGAUGCCGAUUGCACCGAAUGCAACGAUCACUCAGUUCCUAGUGGCACAGAACGAUCAGGUGUUGUAUGCAACCGUCGUCGAUAGCCAGUCUGCCAAAGAGCAAUACAACGAUGCAAUAGCGAACGGGCAACAAGCGUUCAUCGGUGAGAAGAACAAGUACUCCAAUACAUUCGAUCUCUCGAUUGGCAACAUUCCACCGGGCGCCGAACCAAUUACCAUUUCCAUAACGAUGCUAUCGGAGUUAGAGACUAACUGUGACAGUUUUCUCUAUUACUUACAUCGCAGCAUGUUUCCAACGACCUAUCUUUUCAACUUUGAUUUCCACAUGAGUAUUAAACUGUACAAUAAUAAUAUUAAAUACCUUCAAACGGGUCAGUAUCAAUACGAAAGGAAAAUACAGCUAGAGGAAAACAGUGUGACUCUAAGUUUCCAAACAAGCGCUAAACUUGAGAAACAUAUUAUGGUUUGUGUAAGCACAGAGCCGAAGGAUAGACCUACAUACUCAAUAGAAAAGAUAGAUAAUACCUAUGCAAUCUCAUUAGAUUUCUAUCCGAGUGAACUAUUAAAACAGAUCUCCAAAGACAAUGUUGAAUCAAACUCAGAGUUUGUUUUCCUAAUCGAUUGUUCAAACAUUACUGAUGGACAAAUACAGAGUAGAGAAUUAUUAGUUGACUUUGUUGCAAAACACUUUAGUACAACAAGAAUCUUUACAUUGGGAAUAGAAUCCCGAUAUGAUGGAAACUCAGGUGAUGAAGCUUCUAAAGUGGAUUGGAAUGGAUUGCCUGUCAUACAAGCACCAAAAAACAUUAGACCGAUAUUCAAGAACGAAAGAAUCACUAUCUAUGGAUUGUUGGAGAAUUUCGAUAUUGUCGAAGGUGGUGAUACAACCAAAAUCUUUAAGAUCACAUUCGAUACACCGGAUGGCCAGACACUAUCUUUUGAUAUUCCAAUCGAUCUCAAUAUCAAAGAUGACAGCAAACGUUAUACAUCACUUCAGACUCUCAUUGCCAAUCUUGCCAUUAAAGAUCUCGAAAUUGAAGAAGAUCUAUCCAAUAUAAAAGAGAAGAAUAAGACAGAGAUAACUAGAUUGUCAACACAAUAUCAAGUUGUUUCAAACUAUACAUCAUUCAUUCUUACUUGUGACUCUGGAGUAGCAGUGGCUGUUGAAGAUUCAAUGGUUAAGGUGGAUUUGAAUGAUGGACCAAUGCUAAAUAGUGACAGUAGUAAUAAUAGUAGCAGUAAUAAUAAUAGCAUCAGUAGUAGUAAUAGUAAUAAAAGUAACAUUAGAAGUAUAAAUAAAAGUAGUACCUUUAAGAAAUGUAUUGAUGUCGAUGAAGAAAGAAGAAAACGUGAGGUGGUCUCCGCCAGCAUUAGAAAGGAAAAGAGAGAAGAUUCUCUAGCAAAGAAACGAUCGAUUCAAACAGAUCUUAUUCCAAAUAGUUGUGGAAUUGCUUCAACUCCAAACAACACUAAUGGUUUUGAUCAAAAGAUACUUGAAUCCAACAACUAUCUUUGGUUACAUCACAACAAUUUUAUGCAACUAAUGAGAGCUAAUAAAUCACAACUACAACAACCACAAAGACAACCAUUACCAACUCCACAUAUUGUAAUGCCACAGCAAUGUUUGCCACAGCAAUGUUUACCACAACAAUGCUUACCUCAACAGCAAUGUUUACCACAGCAACAACAACAACAAUGCUUACCUCAGCAACAAUGUUUACCACAACAGCAAUCCUUAUCACAACAAACUGAGCAAAAUCAAUUGAUAAAUAAUGAGAAGAAUAACAAAAAAGAAAACGAAUAUGAAGAACAUCUAAUUGGAGAAGUAUUAAUGAUGAAACUCAUUAAAUUACAAAAAUCAAAAGGCGAAUGGAAAUCACUACCAGAUACUUUAGCAAAGGCUCUUAUUAACAAAAACCCAGGAGUUACCGAUGAACUUUGGUUCACAUUUUUAGCAGUGGCUAUACUCACUGUCAAGUUCAUAGAGAAGAAGAUACAAUGGCAACAUAUAGUAAACAAAGCAAUUAAAUGGAUUAAAAAUCAAUUGGCAAUCAAUUCAACCUCUGAUAAAUACGACUAUUAUGCAAAAAUAGCUGAAACAACUAUCGAUAGUCAUUUAUAG